UAGGGCGGCGCACACACGGCUGCGGCCAGCCGCUCGUGCAGUACGUACGUGCAGUCCGCUCUUGCACUGUUGUAAUCAUUGCCUUUCGUCCGCGGUCCAGUGCACUGUGUACCCACGCCGCGUCUUCUGCGCGGCAGGUGAGGUUGGCCGCCGGCGUGGCUCCGGCCGCUUAGAAUUCGCCCGGCGCGGUAUUGAUCGCAUCCCGUCUUCUUUGACUGUUUCAAUGUUUAUAAACAGCCGGUCGUAUCCAUUCGUUCCUUCUUGUGCUUAAAACAUUUGUCCGGGUGCAAACAGUUUGGAUAACUGAUCCUGAAGGCACCGACGGCACCAGCCAUCUUCAUAGGAUUCAGUGCAAAUCUUCGUACCUAAUCGCAAGGAAAGAGAUUUGAAUCACAGUGACGUAUUUGUAUGCAGACAAAAGCUUCUUCAAACGACAAUGUGAGCAGAAUUUACAGUGCGAACGCGGAACUGUGAAUUAGCGGUCGUGUGUUUAAUGAAAUAUAGGGACACCAUGCUGUCCUACAUGGUGCCCGUAGACGAAAAACCACCCCAAGUACCUGGCAAGAACCGUAUGAAUUUGGAACUAAUCGCUAGCCCUGGUAGCCCAGAGACCUCAGCCCGACGACCUCGUACAAAUAUUUCGAAGGAGUCCUCGACGAGUUCAUUUGCAAGUGACUUAACGAUAUCUUCGUCUACACCGACGACCUAUGACAAACCAAAACACAAGCUACUUAGUAAUGGAAGCAAACACACUUCGUUGAAAAGGGUGUCUUUUGGGAGCUCCAAGGGGUCCAUGGUGGAGACGCUUAUCUACGAGAGCCCUCUGCAAGAGGAACCAGAGUGCAGCCCGCCACCGAAGUUUCAAGAAACUGCGUUCCCGUAUACGCCCGUCGAAGACGAUUCGGAGCGUUCGAAGGUCCGUGUGUCCUUCUACCAAGGAGCACGGCCGCAGUGUCUUUCACCGCCACCAGCACAGUCGGAGUCACACGUGCUCUACGCAGACUUACUGUCUGCUGCUGCAAACAUUGACAUGGCGGAUCACGCUAUGUAUAACAGACAAGUCAGCACUGAAAGCGGUUGGGAUAACCCGUUCCGCCCAGAUGGCGACCUAAGCCGUGAAGCAGAUGAAAUCGUCUCUCUGAUCAAGGGUGGCAAGCCAAUCACACCUACACCACCUGUUACAAAUCAGAUGCCAGCUUGUGAUGAGAAGGAGGAAAUAGAUCACGCUAACAAUGUCAAUGCUAGCCCUCCAGCUCCGCAAACUAAAGUAGCGAGCCCGGUGCAUCAGAGCGCCCCUAAGACUGCCAACGGCACUAAGAACGGAACAGCGAUGCCGGAGGUGCGCUCCGGACAGGUGGAGGUGCAACGCGCGCCACCUCAAGAGCCGCUGCAGCCAGAACACGUGACCAUCAAGAAGAAGCAGAAGUGCAAAUGCUGCGCCAUUCAAUAAACUCCACAACCCAUGUCAACGCCGGUAACACGCUAUGCUUUUCAAAUCUAGCAUAUUUCGAUUUCGGUGUUUACUCGGUGCUAUAUAAUUUUACACUCGUUCUACAAGAAGUACCUAAAAUUCAUGUUCAAAUUAUCCAGAAAGUCUAUGUGUUCAAUUGUAUUACAAAUUAUCGCAUUACAAGUCUGGCCUGUACUUUAGCGUACUUCAAUUUUUUUUAUAUAUGUUUGUUUUAUUAUUUGAGGUUGCAUUACAUUUUGUGACUGUUUUUGUUUUAUCUGUUAAUAACUUUAUAUUAUAAGUAUUUGUGACAGUUAUAGAUAUAUUCAUUAUUUGACUAGUCUGGGUGAUAUAUUUGAUUCAGGUUUAGAAUAUGAACGAUUAUUGGAAAUACAAGCAGCCCACCACAGUGUUUGAUUUAAUUAUGAUUUAGUACAUAACUUGAAAGAGAAUCUCAACAGGAUUACUCCAGUAUAAAUUUUAUUAAAUAUAUAAACUAAAAGGAAACAAAUAAACUUUAUUAAAUCGAAAUAUUUUUAAUUAUUGUGACAAAAUAUUUCAAUAAUUAUAUUUGUUAACAUUUUAAAAAUUCACGGUGAGGUGUUUUAUAUCAUAAAUUAGGUAUCAAACAUUAAUUAUUUAUUUUAAAACUGUUACUGAGUUAAUCUGUGUUGAAUAAUGUUAAAAUACAUAAUUUAAAUGUAUAUUUUUAUAUGUUUAUUUAUGAAGAAGUAUUAUAAUCUUUAAAUUAUAAUUUACCUAGUGUUUAGAAAUAUCAGCGACAGUAAUGAAAAUAUUUUCAAUUAAUAUAUGCAUGCUUAAAUGGUGUCAUAAUUCAUACUUAUUGGGAUACUGUCAGCUGUUAUGAAGGUUGUACUGAGAUAUCAAAGCAGUAAUGAUCUCGUUUAUUCGAUUUUUAUAAUAACAUUAAAUAAAUAUAGGAAACGUUGGAUUUAAGAUUGCUUAUCCGAUAUGGGCUUGUAAUAGCACCUCCAUAGUACUUGAUAGUAGCCCAUGAUAUUUAAAAAUGUCUAUAAAUGUAUUCCCUGACUCCUUUUAGCUGCAGGCUUACGUCCAAUACCGUGAAUGUAUGUACAUAAUAUUAAUAAGAUAGAGAUUUGAUUGUAACAUCACUCGCUGGUCUAUGUGUAUAGGUAAAAAUGUAUCCUUAUUGUAAUCUGUAUUUGUCGUUUAACUCUGUGGCCAAGUAGGGUACUCAUUAAUUUGUAACAAGUGGUUAGUAACAAAUUUUUUGAUUGAUCAGAUGGUUCAGAUUUACAAAAUAAAAUUGAACGAACAGCACUUAGCUGCCUAUUUAUUUUUCCUUUCAAAUAAAAAUGUAUGGGCUUAUAAAUUAUAUCAAGAAGCAACAAUAGUGCUGUUAUAAAAUUAAUAUCAUUCGAUAUUAUAAUUAAAUAGAUAGGGAAGAUGGAAACGAAAUGAUGGAACGGGACAUGAAAAUUUCAUGUAUUACUUAAUAAAAGUUUGUGAAAAAUGUAACUAGAUUACGUUUUCUCUUUGAAUGUUUCCUUAAGUAGAUAGGUGAAUAGAAUGAUAAUGUUUAAGACAUUGUAUUACUUCGGUUAUUUUUUAAUGGUGGUUAUUUAAAAACUAAUAAAUUAUUUUGACAUACAACAUAGAUAUUGUUUGUUAGCAACAUUGAAGCGACGACACUCUGUCGGUAAAACAGUAUGACUUCAUGAUAUUGAUACAUUUUCAAAUUAAAAUAAUUUCGAGUAAUGUAAUUGGGUGUGAAUGUGAAUUUUCUGAAUAUUCUAGAGCAAUCGAUUUUUGUUAAUAGAUACAGCAUUGCUUGGUAGUUAUUUUCAACAAUCCGCGCCGUUACUGCUUCAAUGAGUGUUGCAAUUGUACUAAACUAUAUAAUAUUGGAGAACCCACGUGACUACCAUCGACGAAGUAGAUAAUAUACGCACCUAGAAAUUAGACUAAGGCAUUUAAAAUUUCGGCUAUUAAUCGUCUGUCGUAAAAUAUUUAUUUUAUUGAACUCUCAGUAUAUAUAUAUGUAUUCAAAUAUUGUGAAGCGUAAUUGAUUUACUUACACCUACGAACUCACGUGGUUUCUUUUUUUAUUAAAUUAACCUUAAAAUAAGAAUAUCUAGUGUAAUAAUGCUUUUUAAAGUGUUAUCUUUAUUUUGAUAUGUUUACAGCCUGUAAUAUUUAAGUGCAUCCAUUUGGGCACAAAUGUUUUGGUCGUAAUUUUAUACAACAUACAAUAAAGUGUGAACAGUAACAUGUUCGGUUUAUUUGUGUAAAACAUUAUUUUAAAUAUUGGUGCUUUAUCUCGUGAAACAGUUCAGACAGGGCCCAAAUAUGUCAAAAAUCUUUUAAAACAAAGCUUCCUAUUUUAUAUAUUCGGUAAGUUUAAGCUUCAUAAUCUGUAAUGUCCAAUUCGGUCCUAUCCAUCGUUCUGAAUUUAUAACGGUUAAGAUAUUUAAAAUACAAAUCAAUGUUUUAAUAGUAAUAAGUAGCUAAGCAGCAAUGGCCAUCAAAACCGUAGGUCUUAAUAAACCUGUAUUAUUUGAUUGUAAGAACUAGAUUUGAUUGAAAUAUGAUCACGAGAAAGAAAAUCAGUUGCCAUAAUAAUUACAAGAACAUUUAUCAUCGUACAAUGCUGGUUUCCCGAACGAAUUAGAUUUGGAGCUAUAUAAUAUAUGUUUAGCGACAUUUCGAACUGAGAUUGAUAAUUAUAUAUGCUAUAUUGCAUAUUCGACCGGAGCAUAAUAUAUGUACCUUAAUAAUGUUUUUUAUUUGCUAAUAAAAGUACUCUCAUUAAGGUUCAAUAUAUUACAAAUGAUAAGCGAAGGUUUGCUUUAUUCAAAUGAAAAUAGAAAAAAUUUACUUCACGACUUUAGACCUAAAGUAUAUUCUCGUUUCCAAUAUUUUACAAUGUAUUAGAUGUGUAAUAGAAAACUAAAUCUAAAAUGACAUUAUAUUUGUAUAAACUAUUUACUUUCUAUUAUUAUUAUCAAUCAAUGAAUAUGUACAAAUCGAUUACAUUGUAAUUAUUUAUAUUAAAUCUUUAAUAUGACGUC